AUGUACAUACACAGAAAUACACACGCACAGACACAUGUACAUACAUACACAGACACAUGUACACACAGACACAUGUACGUACAUACACACAAACACACACACACAGACACAUGUACACACACACACAGACACAUGUACACACACACAUACAUGUACAUACACGCAGACACAUGUACAUGCAUACACAGACACACACAAACACACACACAUGUACACACACCCACACACACCCAUAAAAAGUUGCAGUACUUGUUGUUCACUCACAGAGCCGGGUACUGCACUCUAGGGAGGGGGGGGGGGGCAGAGAGCAGAGCACACACUCCUUCGUUUGCUUUCAGUGCGCUCAGCUAUUGAGCAGUCUGACAGCUCCCAAUGUCAAUGACAGAUCCGGCCUGAGCUCCGAGCCUGCUCAGCAAGACAGUCCUGGGGACACACUCACCCCCACCAUAAUUUCCACUUGCCAUUGAACAAGCAGGCGAGUGGAAAUUUCAAGCCCUGACCUAA